GACUAUGACAUUAUAGCAAUACAGGAACCCUUUAUCGAUCACCUUAAUCUCACCCGCGCAAACCCUCGAUGGUCGGUCGUAUACCCCACCGGACACCACGAUUCUGGCCAUCGCACCCGCUCCAUUGUACUUGUAAACACACGCAUCUCUUCAAAUGCAUGGCACCCUAUCAAGAUCCCAUCCCCAGAUGUCACUGCGGUCACCAUCGUCUCGCAACAGCGCACCGUCCACAUCUUCAACCUGUAC